AUGGGGUGGACUCAGCAGAUCGUGGAACGUCCCACGUCGACGUAUGCGAACGAGACCCCAGAUGGGCUAGAUUGGGCGGGUCGUGGAACAUCCCACGUCGAGUUUCAGGACGAAGAGGAUCUCCCUCUAUCUCAAGGGCGAUUUCUUGGCCAUGGGGUGAACGGAGGCGUUUUCGAAACUAUAGUAUGUGGAAAGAGAGUGGCAUGGAAGCGACGAUACUGUCGGCGGCAGAUCGAGGCGCAAGACCUGCGUGAAAUAGACAUCCUGAAAAAACUCAGGAGUCGGCAUAUCAUCAGCCUAAUCGGCACAUACACUCACGGACCAUUCCUGGGGCUGCUGUUGUGGCCGGUUGCGGUAUGUGACCUUGGGAUGUUUCUCGAGGACGUGGACAAACUUUUGCAUAUCCCUGGCCCCGAGGCUCCACGAACAAACCAUCAAACCACGUUGACACAGCGGCUACGCAGCCUAGGAAUCGAUACUCCAAAUGCUGCGUCAACCCGGCUGAAACAAUGCAUCGGGUGCACAUCUAGCGCAAUUAUGUACCUACACAAUCGAUCCAUCCGUCACAAAGAUAUCAAGCCAUCAAAUAUUCUCCUCUCUUCCGCUGGGCUUUGGGUGACCGAUUUUGGUACUUCCACCGACUUUUCAAGCAUUUCACAGAGUAUCACGCAGAAUGGCGAACGCGGGACCCCUAAAUACUUCGCCCCCGAAGUCGCUCAGUAUGAGCCCAAUGGGCGGUCGGCAGAUAUAUUCUCUCUAGGUUGCGUAUUCCUCGAGAUAAUUGGGUUGUGCAACGGGUACUCGCUGGAAUAUCUGAAGGGCCUACGGCCGAAUAAGGACCAUUCGUUCCACGCGAACCUCGACUCCAUCUUGCAUUGGUUCAACUUCGGCCAUAUUGACGUCAAAUCACCGGCAGAUCAGCAACUCAUGGCACUGGUACGAGAAAUGCUUGCUCAGGCUGCUCGUGAUCGCCCGACGGCAGUGAGUAUCAACAGCCGCCUGCGCUUGAUCGGUACAUUGCGUAGACCGAGACCACCGGCACUGCUGUGGGGGAGCUGCUGCGCGCUCGAGUCGGAGUCAUUGAAGCAAUUCCAAGCCCGUCAAGUAUCCUCUGUGACUAUCGAACUUGGAAAUACACAUCAAUUGGAGAACGGGCAGCAUAGAUGGAGUUUCUUCAUCCGUGCACCAGCCGCGGAGGCGAUCAUCGCGAAUGUUCAUUAUUUCCUACAUCCCAGUUUCAAGCACCCCUAUACCGUACAGCAGCUACCGCCAUUCGAGAUAAAUGGUGGAGGAUGGGGCUUCUUCACCAUCAGCAUAGUAGUCGCUCUGAAACGAGGAUAUUUAUGGGUAUCUCCAGAUGCAACACUUGGACUAGAGGACCAUUCUCUUUUGACGCUUUAUUGGACACUGAACUUUGAGCGAGAACUCACUUAUAGUCAAGUUGAAGUGGGUAUUUCAAAACCGUUGAGCGAAAGAGGCGCUUAG